UCUUGGACUCUCUCCUCCGACACAGCAUUCUUUCACUAUCCCUGACUCAGAACUCAACACCAUCCAUCGGCAACUCCCUCCCCAGGGAUCUAUUGCAGACUUACAGCUUGGACCUUCCCCCCUCAUCCCUGAUACUGUCAAUAUCAUGUCGGCCACAAAAGCCGCCAGAAUAGGAGAAGAGAUAUGGAAGACGAAGGUUGACAAGGUGAAUGCGGAACUGGUCACUCUGACAUACGGCACUAUUGUCGCGCAGCUCUGCAACGACUAUGACCAUGACUACAUCGAGGUCAACCGGCAACUAGACAAGAUGGGAUAUAAUAUCGGAAUGCGCCUGAUUGAAGAUUUUCUCGCAAAGUCGAGCGUGGGGAGAUGUUCAAAUUUUAAAGAGACCGCAGAUAUGAUUUCCAAGGUUGGCUUCAAAAUAUUUUUGAACAUCACGCCUACUGUGACGAAUUGGACUAGCGAUAAUAAGCAGUUUUCUCUGGUUUUUGAUGAGAAUCCACUUGCGGACUUUGUGGAGCUACCGGAUGAUGGACGGGCACAGGAUGAACUAUGGUAUUCAAACAUUCUAUGCGGCGUGCUAAGAGGCGCAUUGGAGAUGGUACAAAUGCAGGUAGAGGCACAUUUUGUGAGUGAUGUUCUACGCGGAAACGAUACGACAGAGAUGCGGGUCUCGCUGGUGAGGUACCUUGAGGACGAAAUGCCGCCUGACGAUGAGUGAUGUUGAAAAAAGAAAAAGAAACAGAGAAAAAAAAAAAGGAAAAAAAAAGGAAAAAAAAAAAAAAAAAAGACAAAAUAAAGCAAUGGUGAAGAUUUCCCCUGUUGAAUUAUACUGCGAACUGGAUCGCGAUCAGAUUGUGCAUGGAGUUUUUGGGGGCCGUGAUUUUCUUUUCUGCCAGCAUGUUCCUCUUAGGCGCCCAUUGUCCCCCCGUUGAUCUAAUUUGAGGAUGUCCUCCCCUGGAAAGUAAAUCUCGCGAAGCCUGGUCCCCGAACCUAGCCGCCUGAUGUCGCCUAGAGCCAGCGCGGGGUGCUGUUCUGCAACACACGCACUCCUCCUCCGGCUGCGAUCAACGGUCGCCGGGAAAGAAAAAGACAGAGAGAGAAAAAAAGAGAUAGAAAGAGAGCCCUUUUCUUUCUUAAGGAGCGAGCGACAGAGGCACGUGACCUGUCAUGUCGGUUUCCCGACCAAUCAGCGCGGGCGGUCGGGCAUCUCUCUCGCAGAUGAUUUUCCGUUACAAAGAGGGAAAAAAAAAGAAAAAGUCAGAAAUCCAUCAAGAAGCCCAUCAAAACUUCCCCCCGCCUCUAGUCAGGCGGUUCUUCCAAUCCACCGCAAGGGAUGAGGUUGCACAAGCAAAGAACUGUGAGAAGAAAUCAAUUGUCUGGCAACUUCACCAAUGACGCAGCGUACUGAGAUUAAGCAUAAUAACCUCCAUGCUCAAGCAAUGAGAUUAUCGCCAUCCGUACGGGAGUGUACCUAACAUACAUGCUCAUACAUGCACGGAAGCCGGAGUGGGUGUCCAGUGGAGGUAAUGGCGUUACCAGUGCACCGUAUUGUGAAAUCAUGCAAGUCUUGGCCGUGUAUCAACCGGUUUGACCUGAGUAAGGGACCCUUUUUUUCAACCCCAACUCUCUCUCUGUGUGUGUUUGGUGUUCUCUCCCACCCCACAGCGAGGACAGCUACACCGGCCAACAUUGUAGAUACAGCAGGCAUCGGCAGCCCUGUAGACUGAAGCCGGAGAGGGUGCCUUCACCAUAGAGGAUGGC